AUGUCAUUAAAUCAGAGGAAGACGGGCGUAGAGUUGAGGAAUGCAUCGAGCUUGAUAAAGCAAGGCGCAGAAGCAAAAGUUUAUCUAAAUAGAACAGAAGAGAAGCCAAUGAUUUUGAAGUAUAGAUUCCCAAAAACGUAUAGACAUCCAACUUUGGACAAAACGCUAAACAAGCAGAGAAUUCAGUCAGAAAUAAAAGCACUCGAUAGAGCAGAUACUGCCGGCGUCAGCGUGCCUAAAGUACUUUUUGCAGAUAGCCGUGACUCAAUGCUGGGAUUAGAAUUGAUUGAUGGAUACAGCGUACGUGAAUGGCUUGGUAGCAAGGGAGAAGGCGACAUAACAGCGAGUGAUGAUGGUGUUAAAUUAGAUAUGACUGCCAUUGGAUUGGAUAGACAAACGCUUAUGAAGCUCGUUGGUGAGCAGAUAGGGAAAUUGCACCUCUCUGGUAUCAUACAUGGCGAUUUGACUACAUCGAAUCUGAUAUUAAAGCACUCAACGAAAGAAGUCUACAUUAUCGACUUUGGACUCUCCUCUCUGAAGCCUAUCAACCAUUACACAAGUGCGGAAGACAGAGCAGUCGAUAUUUACGUUCUCGAACGCGCGUUUGGAAGUACGCACCCGUCACUCAACAAGGAAUACAGUCAACUACUCGAAAGCUACGCGGAUACGCUCAAAUCUUCUGAAUGGAAUAAAGUUAAUAGCAAGUUAAAUGAUGUAAGACUACGUGGACGUAAAAAGGACAUGGUUGGAUAAAUAAUCUGCUUAGUUGUUCUGCUGGCCACCUCGCCCUCUUCCGCGACCGCCUCUGCCACGACCACCGCGUCCUCUGCCCCUACCGCGCUCCUGCCUCUCUGAGCCAGUCCUUUGGUUCUUGUAUUGCUCUCUGUCUCUAUCCUGUGUUGUCUUUAUUUGAUCGAGAAGCUCAUCAGCUACUCUGAUAUACUUUAUUGUAUUUCCGCGUAAAUAACACUCAGGCAGCUUCCAAAACCUCUCUCCAUCUGCGUUCGUUUGGAAUACUUGCUUAAGCGUGAGAUUCAUAUAAUUGUCGCAAGCUAUCAAAUGACCAUUGAA